UCGUGAUUUGGUGCGCAAGUUUCUCAUCGGGUGGGAAGCCGAUCGUCGUCGUCGUCGUUCGGUUAUCACGCGAGUUGAACGAUCGUUGUCGUCGUCGUCUUCGUUGAGCCGGUUUGUUUUGGAUUGUUAUCAAACAAUCGGAAGUGGGAAAAACAAACGCGGGAAGAAAACGCGCGCCCGAAAUUCGUGAUAACAAGUUGUCGUUUUUUUUCGGUGUUACUGUUAACUGUUAACAGCCAAACCUGAAACAAAUUGCUUUAACACUAUUUGGAAACGGCAAGGAAAUUGAGACAGUGUUUAGUUAAUUUAAAUACUGCUUUAAAGUGUUGGCAUUCAGUGUGUUUUGAUAACAGUUUGUUCGACGCUAGUGAUCAAACAAGUGAGCAGAUCCCUGCGUGCAGUUUUGAAUCCUGAAAAUUACUGCCUAUUUCGAUUAGUGUUAUCGUGUUGGGGUUUAUCGCCCAGGAUGUUAGCGAAAGUUGAAAAUUCGAUUUGUUGAUACUGAAUAGUGUUGUGAGUGUGAAUAAUGUGUGCCAGCCAGCCAGCCUUAAUGAGGUUCAUCAAUGUUGUUGGUGGGAAAAUGAUGAAAAAACAAACCGAAUUCAAUGAAAUUUAAUGCAGAACCUAAAUUAAGUGGGAUGCAGCCUAUUGUUGGAUAUUGAAAAAUCGAUUAAGGAUAUCGUGAUACCCCGAUAAUUAUAGAUUUCGAAUCCUUUCUGUGCUGCGCCGAGAAAAGAAAUUGACGCUCGUUCGACGUCCUAAAUACCGUACCAGAAACAAGGCAUCAUUCCAGGCUUUUCCAUUGUCCAACGUCGAGAACGUGCUCCGGAUUCGACGCCGCCAACCAACAGGCAGCAACAACAACGGAACCUGCAUGAAUCGAAACUUGCUCCGGUCAUGCUUCUCCGGUGACCAAACGAACCGAAAACCUUACUUCGAAACGACGACUGAGGAUUGUGUUUUGUUUUGGUUUUUUUUUUCUUCUCUCUCAGUCACAAACUACUCUAAGUCCAAGAAUCGUCCAGCCAAAGAAGAUUGAAUUAUGCCAUGGCAUGCAACGGCACGCAGAGAAGAGAUGUGACUGGAGUCAACGUUUUGGCCUGUUUUUUCUUCUGCCGUUUCGGUUUUGAAUUUGAUGCCUUGGGUUCCCGAGCUAUGUGACAUGAUUCGUCUUGCCCGGUUGUUCCCAGCAGCAGCAUCCAAUCAAUAGCAUUUCUCAAACUUUACCGUAGGCUGCAGCCGAUUGAAAAACGCACGUACAUAAUUUACUUCGGCACAAGGACCGGCAUUGUUCCUACUAAAGUUAGUCGCGAGUUUCAGGCCAUUCGGGAACAUUAUGAUGAUGAGACCAUUCAAGCGACGACGAUGCAACACUAAUUGACCGGUCCUGGACCCUCUCCACAAAUCGCAUUCCGAAAACAAAGAGUCAUGAAUCUCGUCCAAAAAGGAGGGACCCUUUGCGGAUUGUUUAUUUGAUUAAAAAAAAAACAGUGCUACUGUGCCAUACGCGGGCGGGUGACAUUUGUGAGUUUUUCUUUUUCAAUGAAGCAAUAUCAUAAACAAGUGUGCUCGCUUCCAGUUCAGUGAUAACAAAUAAGGAAGAAAAUUAGAUCACCAGGAGAAAAAAAAGCCAAUCAAAACAAACAUGGCACCCGGAAAAAAGAAAAAAACGCCACUCCCAACAAUCCUGCCGGCGGCGGCGACGACCAGCUAUUCGAUCAAUAACGGUGCCCUGGAAGGAGUUCAUCACAAUGGUGGCCAUCAGAAUAAUAAUGGCACCGGCAACGUGAAUGGAAAGAAGAAGGGCGGCAGCAAGAAAUCUUCGACCAAGAAGCUGCACCAGAACCAGAAGACCCGAGAUUCAGACUGCUGCAGCAUCAAUUUUGUGAAAUACGUGCUUCAUAUAUUCAACAUCAUUUUCUUCAUGUCCGGACUGGUGAUAAUCGGUGUCACACUUUGGACCGUGCUUUGGAAGCAUCAGUACAUAUCGCUGCUCUCGACGACCAACUACGCCAUCGGGACCUACUCUUUGCUGGCCGCUGGGCUGCUCGCGCUUUUAGGUGGCGUACUGGGAUGCUGCGGAGUUUGGCGGGAAAACCGAGCGUUGCUGUUGGGCUACACCUUCAUACUGCUGUUCGUGUUUCUGUUGGAAGCAACCGUUGGAAGUUUGGCCUAUCUGUACGAGACCCAGAUUGAGCUGGAACUGCAGCAUAGCCUCAACAGUACCUUCAUGGAGCAGUACGGCGUCAGCGAACGACAAACCGAUGCCAUCGAUCGGAUGCAGCAAGAGUUUGGUUGUUGCGGUGCCGUUCGGUUCGAGGAUUGGCGCUACAGCGUAUGGUUGAGAUCCCGGAGGAAAGAUUUGAUCCGACCUACCGAAGGGCGACGCGUUCCCGAUUCGUGCUGCAUCAGUAUGGCACCAAAGUGUGGGCUGAGUGAUGGGCCCAGCAAUAUUCCGUACACGGGUUGCAUCUACCGGAUGGCAGACGACCUGCGGCACCACCUGAUCCUGCUCGGGGCCAUCGGUCUCGGUAUCUGCGUGAUCCAGAUCUUCGGCAUGAUCCUGUCCUGCUGCCUGUACGUGAAGCUGCGCAACGUGCUCGACUGACAUAAGCCAGCGGAUCCGAUAGUCGAACUAAUGGAUCCGCUGCCGGACAAUAUCAGUCUCAUUUACGGCUACGACGACCAAACGAUUUGAAUGGAAUGGAAUGAACGAAAAAAAAAUGGAAAUCGAAAACUGCAGCAGGGUUUGCUGCAGCUUUCGAUCGAGUCAAAGAUCUUAGGCGAUAGGGACUUGUAAAUGGAGCCAUAACUUAAUUACUGCAUAUUGUACAGAUUCUUAAAUAAGCUACUAACAGUUACUAUACUUGUUACUCAAUGGAAGAAUUUUAUCUCAGUUAGAUUGUGUAAGUGAUACGAAAAUGUUAACUAUUCCUAUAUUUAUAGAAAGCAGGGAAUUAAAGGAAAAAUUGAAAAAAAAAUCAGUGUCAAAAAUGGAACAAGAACAAAAUGUAUUAUAAGCCUGUCAAUAACUGAUUGUAAGUGUAUAAACCAAAAUUAAUUAAACGGAAUCAAUUUUCA